CUCCCUCCCAAGGGAAGUCCCACCCGGAUCUCGCGCGCGCGCGGCGGGAGACCCAUCCCCACAGAAGCUUCUAGAAGCCGCCGCCCAUUCCACCCCCUCAUCCGCGCGGAUGAGCGGCGCCUCGGCCCCCCUCCCCUACUCGAUGCGAGAUGUGGACGGCGGCGCCUACAACAACGCCAAGUUCCGCCAGCGAUCUCGCCUCAAGAUGGCUACUCAGGCCCUUAUUUCCAAGAGCAGCCAUUACCAAUGUGGAAAAUUUACCCUUGGGAAAUUCUUGAGUCUUUUAAUGGUUUCUGGCUUAGUAUAUUUGCUUGUGCACAAAAGUUCAGAGGGUUUUGUAUCUGGUGAGCUCCAUGACAAAGUACAGAGUAGACAUGCCAGUAAAGAUUCUCCCAAUAUUCGUACGUUUUGGAGAAAGCCGCCAAGGCUACCUCCUCGUCUUCCUCCAAAUGAAAUGUAUAAAAAUAGUUCAACACUUCACCAGUCCCCUCCAUCUGAAUGGACAUCAAGACAGAAGAAAGUUAAAGAAGCAUUCGAGCAUGCAUGGUCUGGCUACCGAAAUCAUGCAAUGGGUUAUGACGAGCUUAUGCCUUUGAGUCACAGAGGUGUAGAUGGAUUAGGAGGUUUAGGUGCCACUGUCGUGGAUUCUUUAGACACUGCGAUAAUAAUGGGUGCUGAUGAUGUUGUGUCUGAAGCAUCAAAAUGGAUUGAAGACAACCUAAUGAAAAAGAUCAAUGAGAAAGGACAGGUCAACUUAUUUGAAACUACUAUACGUGUCUUGGGAGGGCUCCUUAGUGCAUAUCAUUUGAGUGGCGGAGACCAAGCUGGAGGAGGUGAUUCUGGGAUACCAGUGACACCUAAGAAAACUAAUCCAGAUCGUCUUCUGGAAGUCUCAAAGGAUUUAGCAGACAGGUUAUUAUUAGCUUUUACAUCAAGCCCAACAGCCAUACCUUAUAGUGAUGUUGUUCUUCGUGAUCGCUCUGCACAUGCAUCCCCUGAUGGCUUAAGCAGUACCUCUGAGGCUACAACAUUGCAACUGGAGUUCAGUUACCUUAGCAGAAUAUCAGGAGAUCCUAAGUAUGACUUAGAGGCAAUGAAGGUGUUGGAGCAUAUGCGAACACUCUCAACAGUGGAGGGUCUGGUGCCUAUUUACAUUAGUCCCUACUCUGGUCAAUUUAGCGGAGAAAAUAUUCGACUAGGAUCUCGUGGUGAUAGUUACUAUGAGUACUUAUUGAAAGUUUGGGUUCAGCAAGAAAAUUAUCGUAACACUAGCUUGAAAUAUCUAUUUGAAAUGUAUACGGAAGCGAUGAGAGGGGUCAAACAUCUUCUUGUUCGAAAAACUACACCAAAUGGAUUGGUUUUUGUUGGGGAGCUUCCCCAUGGACGGAAUGGUGCUUUUAGCCCAAAAAUGGAUCACCUGGUUUGUUUUCUUCCUGGUACCCUUGCUCUAGGUGCAACAAAGGGUAUCACCAAGAAAAAGGCUCUCGAAAGUAAUCUUUUAACUAAAGAAGACAUCGAAAAUCUUCAGCUUGCUGAAGAUCUAGCUAAAACAUGUGUUGAAAUGUACUUCGUGACUUCUACUGGACUUGCUCCUGAAAUUGCUUAUUUUCACAUUGAGGGUAAUGAAGGUGGACCUGAUGGCGGGAACAAAAGUUCAGAAUAUAUUAAUGACAUCACAAUCAAACCUCUUGAUCGUCACAACCUUUUACGCCCAGAGACUGUGGAAUCUCUAUUUGUUUUGCACAGAAUCACAGAAGAUCCAAAGUACAGGGAGUGGGGUUGGCAAAUUUUUAAGGCCUUUGAGAAGUAUACAAAAGUUGAUUCUGGUGGUUAUACAUCACUAGAUGAUGUCACAAGCCUGCCUCCUCCUAGGAGAGACAAGAUGGAAACUUUCUUCCUGGGAGAAACAUUGAAGUACUUGUAUUUGCUGUUUGGUGAAAGCAAUAUUCUUCCACUGGAUAAGUAUGUAUUCAAUACAGAGGCCCACCCACUUCCAGUUAUUCGGUCUGCGGCACAGGUCUCAGAUACCGUAUAGCGUCGAAGUAUGUCACUGUUGUACUUAGUGUAGUGUUGUGAGAAAAGUAACUAACAGAAACAUGAGAAACUCAAGAAAUAUGUUUGCGGACAACUAGAUUGGAACAAGGAGGGCGCAAUUCCAUGACAGUAGCCUUCUGGAUCUUUAUGCUUGUGCUGCAGGCACUUCAAGUGGCACCAAAAUCAUUCUUGGAAGAAAGCUCACAGAUGUGUCAUGUUCAUAGUUUGAUCUGGAGAUUUGUACUUGUAUUUAUCAGAAAUCAUAUAUCUUCUCUAAACUGUGCAAUCUGAAACCUGCAAUUUUGAAAUUACUUGGUGGCAACACCAAGAUUUUAUCUUCAUGUA